AGGACCGGGAAAGGAAAUAUUCAAUUAAAUUCAAUUGAAAUUUAUUGAGCGUAAUUCAAGCGAUGACAUUUUUAUUACAUUUAUAAGAUUAUACCGACCAAAGUAUAUUCAAAUCAAGCGAUUGAACGUGAUCGAGGCGCCUCGAGUGCAAUAAUUCUUGUGAUAAUCCCAGACCCACCGCUAGACUGAUUCCCAUAGAGAUUAGGCAACCAACCAACCUACAUAUACAAAUACAAUAUAUUAUUAUUAAACCAUACCAAAAUGACGCCCAAAAUUAUUACAUAUUUUUUGUGCGGCAUGCGCCAUCCCACAACUGGGCUGAACGAAGACGACCUGAGUCGUCUCACCGGUUCAUCAUCGUCUACCGCCUCGUGCGGCAGUGCAGUCUCAGAUUCAUCUUCAUCAUCGUCAGCCUCCUCGUCAUCGUCCGCACCCAAGGCGGCCCCCACCCAGUGCCAUGAGGCAGCAGUCGCUGUACGCCAGCAGAAGAGUCCCGAAAGGACCAAGGUUUCUUUGGCGUCGGAUGCCAAGAAACAUCUAAACAGCGCCGCCCCACAGCCAAAGUUCAACUCUACUUAUCUCCCUGAGAUCAUCAAUCCGCUGGAAUGGCAGAAGUCAUCCCGCAAGCGCAAGGAGCGCCUCGACAGCAGCUCUGUCUUUGGACAGGACCGCAAACUGCAGCGCAGCAACAGCGAGGAGCUUCUCACGGAUCCAGCACAGGGCCACGCACCCAGCGACCCCAAGACAGCGGCCGCCCACCUGCUGGAGGCCCAAUGCGAGGUCAUUCGUCGCGUCUCGUCGGAGGACUUUGAGCGCACCGCCAGCUACGCCAACUACUGUCUGGAGUUUGAGCGCGAACAGCAGUCCCAGGGCCAGUCCCAGCCACAGGAGCCGGAGGGCGGCGAGAACAACGCAUCGCUGGCCAAUCUCUCGAUUGAGGUCCAGAUCGUUCAGGGCUCCAAGGAGCGUCCACGCUCGGAGACCAGUCCUGCCCGCCAGCAGCGGGAGGCCAGUGACGACAGCGAGUGCGAGCACGAGCGCCGAAGGAGCAGUGAACGCUUCUGUAAGUCCCGUCUGCCACCAGGCCGCAAGUCCGGCGUCACCAAGAAGGGCAGCGGUAGCGGAGGAGUCGGAGGCAAGUAUCUGCCCUCCAGGCGGGACGAGCAGAGCGCCUAUAAGUACGACUUGUCCGCCCUGAAGUACGAGCGUCGCGGUUUCAUCAGCAGCAGGAAGCAGCAGUCGCAACAGCAGCAGUCCAACUCGUCUUCCUCCGCUUCCGAUCACAACGACAACAAUCUGAUCGACUUCCACCAGCAACAGCUCCAGCAGCAACCUUCGAAGAGAAGCUCCAACAUCUCGCCCACACCCACAACGAGCUCCUCGGCGGGCAGCGACGACACCACGCCCACACCCGUCAAGGCCAAGCCGCCGCAGCACCAACAGCAGCAGAACCCGGACCUCACCUCGGCCCAGGAAUCGUUGCCGUGGGAGCGUGGGGAUGAGCCCGCCCCCGUGCUAAGCCGACGCUACGCUCACUCCCGACCCCACGUCGGCGGCAACAUCGAUGCAGCCGCCCAACUGGCCAAGGUGAUGCCCUAUCCGCAAGCGCUGCCCAAGCAAGCAACCAGCGUGCAGUUGCAUGGCUGCGAGGAUAUGGACUGCCUGGAGACGAUGGACGCGGUGCGCGCUUUCAGUUCGCUGGAGAACAUGCGCACCCGCGACGUGAUGCAGCAGGUGCUCCCCGCCAUGAUGGUGGCCUUCCAGACGCCGGAGGAGCGCCUCAAGUCCAUCGGCCGACGGGUCACCGUGCUCAAGAAGAAGCUCGUCCAGUUGGAGGACGCACUCGAGCAGCGGCUCGGCUAUCGCCCCUCGCAGGCAGAGCGCCUCAACGACAAGUACGUGAAGAACGCCUUGGCCGAGUUGAGCAAGCUGCGGAAGGAGCGACACGAGCUCAAGACUGAUCCCAUUGCUGCCCUCAGCCUCAAGCUGGGCGGAGGUGGCGGUGCCGGCGGCUCCGGGUGCCAGGAGGCGGCCAAGAAGCUGGAGCGCAUGAAGGCCACCCUCGCUGAAAUCGAGCAGAAUCUCAACGAGAAGCGCACCAAUGGCCACCGCUCCGGGCAGCUGGAGGAACUGACCGCUGAUCAACUGGUGCAGGAAAAGACCGCCGUCCAGCAUGGUCUGCUGUAUUUUGAGAAUCUCUACGGCCAUCCCAUAAACAAGGAAGAGCGCGAUGCGGCCCGGCCCCUGUACGAUCGUUACCGUCAGCUAAAGCGUCUGGUUGCCCGCACUGUUAUGUUCGGAACUGGCACUGGGGUGCCGGAGCUGCCCACCAUCCUGGAGCACGAGGCUAUGGUCUUCGAGUCGACCUCCACACCACUGCAGUAUUCAUCGAACAACAGCACAGAGACCACCAACUCACCCAGCGACUCGAUGGCGCCAAAUACCCUCACGCAGAACGCUUCCUCUGAUGAGUCGACCACCACCACCACGGGUCCAGCAGCGCCAGCGCCAGCGACGGCGGCUGGAUCGACGGAGUCUUCCAGCGAGAACAUAUCCGCACUGAGCCUGGACCAGCUGUGGGAGCAGCUGGAGCGGGUGCGCGACGAGAAGGCCGUGCUGAAGGCCACCAUACGCGAGUACGAGUCGCUGUUCGAGGAGCAGAACGGCCGCAAGAUGCUGAAGCAGGAUCGAAGGUCCCUUGAGACGGAGACCUACGCCCAGUACAAAGAGAAGAAGGGCAAGGUCCGACUGCUGCAGGCCCUGAUCAAGAAGCACAUUGGCCACUAGCCUUGAGCCUCAAUCUAUCAGUCUUUCGAUCAACAUCUAUUCACCUGCAUGCGAUAAUUAUUUAUUUCAUACCCACAAAAACCAAAUGCAAAAAAACAUACCUAUAUACUCGGUUGGAUGUGUGUAUGCAUAUCCCAAUACCCGCCCCCUACCCCAUACAUUUAUACAGAUAUUAUUAUAGAUGUGUAGUUUUUAGAUUUACAUUUUACCAUAUAUUCUAUAAUGAUACAUUUUAUGAAUAUUGUUGAUUCCUUAUUGUUUUUUGAAAACACCUAUGAAUAAUACGAAUAAAAAGAAGAGAAAUGUUACAGAAA